AAGCGCUCUAACCGUACUGUACUAAGACUUGGUAGUAUUGCAUACACGAUGUCUAAAUUAUAUCCGUAAAGCAUGUUAUUAUAAGGAGUCGACAAUUAUCAGUACACGAUGUUUAAAGAAAAUCAAAGUUUUUCUACCAGCAACACAAUAACGACAAUUAAUUCCAAUUAAUUUAAAAUAUCAGCUGCAAAAGUUUACAAGGAAUCGAAAUUGUUUAACGGAAAAUUACUAAAAAAAAAAAAAAUUAAAAAAUAAUUAAAUAAAUAAAUCAAAAAAAAACACAGGUUGGAUGUCAUUUUUAUCACCCGCUUUAAAACUGGAAAAUUUGCCGAGUCAACCAUCCAUGAAUUUGGAUCACUUGUCCGAGGAGAAACGCUAUAAUAAAAAUAACAUUGUGGCCAAAUGGUGCGCUCCAAUUAAUGGUAAAAUGUUUCGCAUAGAGUUGGAACAUGGCACCACCAGCGGUAAGCGUAUGGUCUGGGUCAACGGUAAGGAAGUUAUACGUCGUGAUUGGAUGUUUAAAUUAGUCGGUGAGGAUACCUUUUACAUCGAUCAAAUACGUUGCAUUAUACGCGUGGACCCGGCUCCCGGUUUCAAAUAUGAAUAUUCUUUAUUCAUCGAUGGUAAACCUCACGAUCAGUAUACCGAAGAGCAAACCAAACAAUAUCGCUUAUGGUUAACUACGAUAGAUAAUAUAGAAUAUCGUAUAAUGCUCGAGUUGGAUACUUUGAACUUAUAUAUAAACGAUGUCUUACGUCAAGAAACGGCCGAAUUUGUCGAUGGAGGCACUGAUACCGUCAUACAAGAGAAUGGCAUUGAGUUCAUUUUACAAGCUCGUUCAAGUGGCAAUAAGUUAAGUGGUAUUGUUCAUACAUUGCUCGCAAAUCAUGUUGAAAUACCCGAAGCCAAAAUACAGGAGAUUAUGCAAGAGCCCUGCUCGAUAUUAUCGACGUAAAAGGAAAUUAAAGUCG